AUGCGGCAUGUGUGGAGGAACUAUAAGCAGUAUGCAUGGGGAAAGGACGAGAUCGCUCCUUUGACGGGCCGUCCUGGGAGGCAAUGGUGUGAUGCUGCGGUGAUGAUGAUAGACUCUUUAUCCACUCUGAAGAUUAUGGGGUUAGAGAAAGAGUUCGACGAGGCUACACAGUGGAUAACGGACAACCUCAAAUUCGACCGCCCGCGAGGCUUGCAUUCUUUCUUCGAAAUCACAAUUCGUGUGCUCGGUGGUCUCCUCUCUGCACAUAGUCUCAGCGGCCGACAGAUUUUCCUCGAUAAGGCUAGAGAAGCAGCAGACCAUAUGAUGACAGGCUUCACGGACUACCCAGGCUGCCCCCGAGCACAGAUCGAUCUGGGAACUGGACGUGCUUCGGGAAACGGCUGGAUGUCGGGUUUCAUACUGGCCGAGGUCGGAACACUACAACUCGAAUUUCGUUAUCUUUCGGAGCACACAGGAGAUCAUAAGUACGCCGAGGCUGUGGACAAAUGCCAGGAGUCCAUUUUCCAAGCUGCAGGGAAGCAGGGUCUGGUCCCGUAUGAACUCGCCAGCGAUAGGCCAAUGUUCACCGGUGAGUGUUUGCAUUAG